AUGUUAGUAGGAAUCGUCAGUUCAUCAGUUUUACCAGUCGAAAAAUGUAAACUAAAGGACUCGUCGUGUUUGAUACAGGCUUUUCAAAAAGCAAUGCCAAUAUUUAUGUCUGGCAUGCCGGAUGUGGGUGUUGAAAUUUUAGAUGUUAUGAAAAUGGAUGAAGUAAAUUUCGAUUUGGCUGGUCUCAAGUUUGGUUUAAAGGACGGUCGCUUGCAAGGAUUGAAGAAUUCAAUUGUAGAUAACGUUAAAUGGGAUCUUGAAAAAAGAGAAAAUGGAAAUAUUUUUUCACCUUGA